UAUUCAUUUGUCGACAAUAAUAUAUCAAAGCAGCUGUUUUCAUUAUUUGGUAAUUACCAAUUGAUUGUAUUAAUAUUGAAGAAAGCUGUCACUUUAUAGAAAGACGUUUAUGUCGAAAUGGAGAUAAAAAGCUCUUCUAAUACUAUUACGGAAAAUAGGAAUGCCAUGAUAAAUAUUACUUCCACAUUUGAAAAUUUUCCAUGGACUGCUUUACAGCAAAGUUCAAAAGGCGCGAAUAUUAUUAAAGCAAUAAAUCAAUUGCUAAGUAUGUACCAUCCUAAUGAUGGUAUAAUUGCAUAUGAACGUGUAUUAAGAGCUUUACUUAUAUUAUCUGAAAAUUUGGAUAACGUCUUACAACAACAGAUAAUUUCUAUAGUACCGUUACCAAAAGGUGUUCCAAAUGAUAAAAUAAGAAAUCUGAUAUUUAAAAUUACUGAAUUAAUUAAAGCACCUAAUAACAAGUCAUUGUGUCAAAAAAUUAUCAUGACACCUGAAGAAUCUAAUACAGAAAUAUUGAAUGAAGGUUCAGAAAUUCAUCUAAACCAAAAUAUUUUACUUGACACAUCUCAAAAUCUUGAAUUACAUGAAAAAUUUGUAUCUUCAGUACCUGAAGUGUUCAAAGGUUUUCCUCCUAAUGAAAUUUCAACAAUUCAUAAUCAUGUGAAUUAUAUGUAUGAUACAUUGAACUACAAUAUUCCAUAUAUAAAACCUCAUGUUAAUAGCAAACAAAGCUUUUCAUUAAAUACUAAUGAAGAAGAAGAAUCAUUAAAACUUCAGUCAACAUUGAAAUGGUUCCAUACUCCUCAUCUUUUGUAUAAAACUAAUCUUUAUCGAAAUUCUGCAUCUGGUUACCAACAAAGAUUUUUUAAAUCAAUGGAUGAUAAAUACUUCCAGUUGUCCAUUGAUAGAUUCAAUAACUGGAAUCAAUGCAAUAUAGCUAACGUGCCUUAUGCACUCCAUCAGGACACUACAUGUUUAAAAGAAUUAUAUAAAAAUGGCAUAAUUUCAAAUAAACAGAAUAAGAAUGAGAUCUUCAAUUUAAAAAUAACAUAUGAUGAUAGAUUUGUAGAAUCAGAAACAAAUUGUGAGAUUUUACAUAAUAGUGAUGUAAAUAAAAACUUCAAAAAGUAUAGUAAUUUGAACAAAAAUAAAAUUUUUAACAUGGAAGUUCAAGAACAUUUUAAACAAGAAUUAAAGAAUGAACAAGCAAUUCAACAAGAUAUAUAUAAAAUGGAUGUUGUGCAUUGUGAAGAAGAAAGAAAAGAUACAAUAAUAAACAUACAGAUGACACUACAAACAUUAGAAGAAGAGAAUUUAAUGGUGCAUAAGAAACUUAAAACAAGCUUGCAGAACUUUUUAAAACGUGUAGAACAGGAGACUUUAAUCAAAUUUCCAACAUUGCCUAGAACCAAACCUUUGUAUAUGGUUCCUCCUACAUCCAAACAUUGCAAGUUUGUAGAUCAAAGAAACCUGGAAAAGUAUAAUCAAUUAGAUAUUUCGAGUAAUAACACAAAUAAUUCUAAAAAUAUUAAUACACUAAAGGAUACAACAAAAUUCGUUGAAAAGAAAUGCUUGAAAACAUUUCAUAUUUGCCCAAAACCAACUCAGUUAAAAAUGCUUCAUAAGAGCUUAAAUGCUGUAGUUAGUAAAACACAAACAAUAGAAUGUGAGAAAAAGGACUACAUAGAAAAUUUACUAUACAAAUCUGCAGUGAAGCAAACAAAAUCAAAAAGCUUGAAUACUUUACAACAAACUGCAUCUAUUACAGAGUUGGUUACAUUUAAAAAACAGUACUAUGAUACUUUACUCAAUAUUCAGAAAGCCAAGAUGGCAGUGGCAAAUUCCUUGGCAAUAUCAUCUGUAGAAAAUUUCACAAAAUAUGAUCCAUAUUAUUCCAAUCAUUCCUAUCAGGAGCAGCAAUUAUUACAACGUGGACCAUUAAUUGUUAAUCCACAAUUUGCAGUACAUACUAUGACACAAACAAAAUUAUCAAAUAUACAUAACACUCCAUAUGUUUGGAUGAAAUACAACAGUUGGAAACAUCCAACCAUGAAACAAUUAAGACUUCCACAGCAGUUCCCAUUUAAAGUUUCAAGGAAUAAAGAGAAUUCUGUACUACAUUAUGUAAAGACAAUGGAUAUUCAAUGUUUUGCGCAAGAUAAAAGUAAACAAAUGAAGCAAAGUGUACAACGUAAAAAGUUAGAAGACAUAGUUGGGAAAUUGAAAGAGAUAGAAAACAGCAAUAUGAAUAAUUAAAAAAUUAUUACUGACCUCUAUAAGGUUCUUAAUUCUUGAAAAUAUGUUAAUCUAUAAACUCUUUGCAUACAUAUCGAGACAAAUAAUUAUAGAAAAUAGUCAAAGCAUAGAGGCAUAUAUGCAGAUAUUUCAUAAAGUUAUAUGUACUAAAGGAAAGUUCCUUAAAGAAUACAAAUGAUAUAAUAGAAUAUUGAUGGAGACUGUUGAUUUAAGAGAAUACAUAUCAAAUAAAGUUUUUCAUUCUUUCAUUUAUCUCGCACCAGUCUCAACAAUUAAUGGAACAUUGAUACGUUUACAUGUGCACGUGCACGUGUGUGUGUGUGUGUGUGUGUGUGUGUGUGUGUGUGUGUGUGUGUGUGUGUGUGUGUGUGUGUGUGUGUGUGUGUGUGUGUAUACAUACACAUAUUCUAACAUUUUUUUGGCACUGGCAAAAGAUAAUAAUUGAGUAUUAGAUUAUUAAUCGCGAAUAUUUUUAAUAAUUUCGUUUGUAUUUCGGACGAUUGCGUGAUAGUUUUCUUUGUUUAAUUAUUGUUGCAUGUUUGUGUUGUUGACGUCAAUCGAGCCUUAAUACUUACAACAUAGUAACUAAUAAAUGUACACAUAUUCUUUAGUAUUAACAUAGAACAACAAAAUUGCUGCUAACAUUUACUAACAUUUCGUAGUAUAUUUCAUAAUUAACAUAUAAUAUACGCACUUAUGACUUUUGUAUAGUCUACAGUAUAGACUCUAUACUACACAACAGUCAUUCAUUUCAUUAUCUCUAAAUGUACAAAAUAACUUUUAAAAGAAUAAACGGUAAUAAUAACUUAGGUGUUAUAUCGUUCAUUCGAUCAUUAAUCGUUAUUGUCCAGAACAAUCGCAAUGAAGUAUGACAAAUUACCAACAGGUCAAUAUAUAAUGUAACUCUUGGUAAUUUACUCAAUCACAUAUGUCAACUCACAAUAAUAUUUCCUUGUUUCAGAAAACAUUUUACCUUCACAAUGAGUCUAUAAUAGAAACAUUAUUAUAUACCCAUAUUUAUCGUUAACAGUAUUGACAGCAUCAUCCUAAUAGAAAUGGAUUUUCAUACAAAUGAUGCUUUCAAUACUUGAUAUUAAUAUCUAUUUAUGAAUCGAAAUACAUCCAAAGGAUCUACAGCAAUUGAUUUUUUUGGUUGUAAGGACUCUUACAUUUUAUUUUUGGUAAUAUCCAAUGAAUCAAAGUUAGGCCAAAGAUCUCUUGUGUCAUGUAGUUCAUGUAUCUCUUUUGGAUUGUCAUUAUUUACUAUUAUAGUUGUUGAAAACAAAAUAAUGUGUAUAAGCAAAUCUUAUUAAACCGUUCCAUUCCAAA